CACUGACAGAUAAGUUGUCAAUUAAAUCAGCUGAAAGUUGAAACAUAAUAAUAAUAAAUUGGAAAGGGACUCCAAAUAAGUCUAUGCAAAAGCAAAUGUUCACGUUAAAAAAUAAUUAAUAACUGAAUGUGAAAAUUUUGUUAAUAAUAUAUAAUUAAACAAUGAACGCAGUGGUCAGACAAAUGAUUAAGCAGCAGACGUAUAGGUUAUGUUAUAGAACUUCAUACAAAUAUUUACAAGCUCCCAUAAUCUCAACAAGUUCUGUUAUUAAUCGAAAUUAUUGUGAUAACAAAUUAGAAACAAGAAGACUUCCUCAAUUAAUGGAAUUUCCCCCUGUUGUAUGGCCAUCAUUUAUAAAUUUUAUCAAAAACUGGAUGUUUUCAACAUUCAUUAUUCGACCUUAUUUCGAGCCAGAAUUUAGUCUCCAAGAGUUUAUAGAAGCUUCUAAACAUGCUGUUCAGGUAGUGUCAGAAGGCCUGCAGAACAGUGAUUUUAAUAAUUUAGAUGGUUUGGUUGAAAAGGAUGCAAUAUCCACUCUUAAAACAGCAGUGUCACAGUUGUCCAUUUCACAGAGGCAGUUAUUAAGCAUAGAUAAAGAUGAUAUUUUCUAUGCAUUUCCAUAUCAGGUAGGUGUUAUGUUUGAUGAUGCUGACAAGAGAUGGGUGGAGAUUACAAUGUGCUAUCAUGUUCUAAGAGGCCUGAAGAGCAUGAAAGAAAGUGGAGAUUUACCUCCCAUUACAUUAGGGGGUCAACCAGAAUUUGAAGACAAAAUUUUUAUUCUGAACUACAGAUUUAUUAGAGAAUUCACAAAAGGUGUAGAAGACAGUUGGUGGAUUAAUAUUGUUAAUCAUUUCCAACCGCAAAAUCUAAGGAGAAACUAAUUUCUUCCUUGAAUAAUCUAAGCAGAAUUUCAAACUAAAUAAUUUAACAUUGUGCUUUAUAAUAUAAGCAUUGCAUUAUUGUUUGUGCACUUGAAGUAGCACUUCUCAAGUUAAUUCUUCUUGGGGUCAUAUUCUGGAUACAAUUAAAUUUUCUUGGUUUAUUUCACUUAUUUUAGAAUAGCCCCAAUUUUUUUCUGUUACUUCUUUUAUGUCAUAAUGUGUGUGUCAUUAGACACAAUUCACAAUAAGGUUUAUGUUCAUGAGAUACAUUUUCAAAUUUUUCACACCCAUACAAAAACUUAAUAUUGCUCAGUUACAAAAAUGACUAUUUUUGUACACAAGUUAGUAAGUGUUAAUAAAAACGAAAUAUUUUAGUUAAAACAGACUGUUAAUAGUUAGGAUCAAGUGUAUAUAUAAAAAAUAAAACAAGUUUGUUUGUA